AUAGUAUAUACACUGAUACACACAUCUACAUACAUAUAUAUAUAGCAAAAGUAGAAGGAAUCAUAAUAAGAAAUUAAUUAGGAGUAUCAAGUUUAAAAAACUACUAAAAAAGGAAAGCUAAAAAGAAGAGAGAAAAUGGCGACUAGAUCACAACAAAAAAAAGAAGAGAUGGAUGAAAAAGCAAGGCAAGGAGAGACAGUUGUUCCUGGAGGUACCGGUGGAAAGAGCGUUGAAGCCCAACAACACCUUGCUGAAGGAAGGAGCAAAGGAGGGCAAACAAGAAAAGAACAGCUAGGCACUGAAGGGUACAAGGAGAUGGGCCGCAAAGGAGGGCGUUCCACCGGAGAAAAACUAGAUGAAGGAGUUGAUGUCGAUGAGUCUACCGACUGAGCCGGCCACCCUAAUUUGCAUUGCAUGUAGCCCAUGGCCCAUAAGGAUCUAGUAGCUGGUUUAGUUGUUUAUAGGGUUUUGAAUUUUUUUUUUUUUUUUUUUUUUUUUUUUUUUUUUUUUGAGGAAGGCUUUUAAAGUUUUAGGUGUGUUUAUUCAUCACUCAUAACCGUAAGAAUUAAGAUCAUAUGUAAAUAUGCAACGUGGUAAGUAUAUAUAGCCCAAGAAAUAAUACACCAUAGUAUAUAUAUGUCUUAUAUAUGAUGUAAUGGAGCUCUUGUAUUUGGGUUCCGUACCACUUUGUUUUUGAAUUGUUUGUUUUGUAGGGUAUACUUUGGUAAUGAAGUUCUGCAUGUACUUGUUUAUUUCUUUA